GAAGAUUUUGCAGCAAAUUCUUCAUCUCUCGGCCUUGCGAGUAAUCUUUCAGUUGAACGAAGAACAAGCAAAGGGCGGGCUUUGUUGGUAGCUCAGCACUCGCUACGAGGUCGAUCUGAAGAUAAUAUUCUGCAGCCGAUCUCUUCCCUUGUUCGAGUCACCGACGGUGAUUCUUUAGGCCCCCGUUGGAGUAGAUAUGGUUCAAUUUUGUGCACUGGGGAGAGCUUUGAGUGGGUGAGAUAUGGAGAGUGAUUUCCAGCGAUCUGUUUCUCUGCGGCCGAAUCGGAGAGCAGACCGCAGCAACCUAAACCCGCAUAGUAGAGAAGCUGAAGGAGCUCCCUUUUCUCCAGAGAAAUUGCAAGUUUAUCCAGUGAAAAUGCUGUGCAGGAUGGGAAUUAUUCGGCUGGUUCUUGUUGUCGGCAUUGUCUGGAUGUUGCUAAUUCUAAGUGCAUUACUAUUUCAUGUAUGGUCUUGUCAGUCUUCGCUUGCUUUCUUAUCAGCUAUCUGUAACAGACAGAGCAAGGUAUUUCUAAUGUUAGAUACAAUGGGACUUGUACCAAAACCACAACACCGGUGUCCAAUUCCUGUUGCCAGCGACCCUGAUGGAGUCGUUAUACCCAAAGGAAGAACUCCAAACGAAAUUGUCAAAGACCUGUCCUUUGUUAUGGAGGAUGACCCAGUUAAUAAUGCAUCACUCUCAGUUCCUUUAUUUGGGGGUCACCAGACUUGGGCACAAAGAGAGGAAAGUUUUAAAGUCAAGUCUGCUAUGAAGGUUCAUUGUGGAUUUAUUCGAAAUGGUGGUGCUGAAAUGGAUCCUGUAGACAUAAAAUACGUGAAGAAGUGUAGGUUUGUGGUCGCUUCAGGCAUUUUUGAUGGAUAUGAUGUACCUCACCAACCUUCUAAUAUAAGUCCGCGGUCUAAGAGGCUCUUCUGCUUCCUCAUGGUUGUGGAUGAGGAGUCCCUUAGUUUCAUAAAGAGCAAUGUCACUGUUACUGAGGAUGAUAAGGGGGGAAAAUGGGUGGGAAUCUGGAGGCUAAUUCUUUUGAAGCAUUCGCCUUAUGAUGAACCCAGGAGAAAUGGGAAGGUUCCUAAGAUUUUGACCCACAGGUUGUUCCCUCAGACGCAGUACAGCAUAUGGAUUGAUGGUAAGAUGGAGCUCAUAGUUGAUCCACUGCUAAUUCUGGAGAGAUAUUUAUGGAGGGGGAAGCGUACUUUUGCCAUUGCUCAGCACAAGCAUCAUCGCAGCAUAUAUGAAGAGGCUGAUGCAAAUAAGCGGAGGAAACGAUAUGCUCGACCACUUAUUGAUCUUCACAUGAAAAUAUACAAGUAUGAGGGGAUGGAACCGUGGAAUGCAAGGAAAAGCUACCCUAGUGAUGUGCCAGAGGGAGCGUUCAUCAUACGAGAACAUACUCCUAUAAACAACUUGUUCAGCUGCCUGUGGUUCAAUGAGGUCAAUCUCUUCACCCCAAGAGACCAGCUGAGCUUUGGAUACGUUGUGUAUAGGUUAGGAGGCUCGUUCAAGUUCUUCAUGUUUCCAAACUGCGAGUACAAUUCUCUGUUCAUACUCCACCCUCACACUCGGGAACACUCCUCCAAGAUCGAGUGGGUGAAGAAUAUAAGCGAAUUCGAGGGGAAGGGCAGCAGCUUGAAAGAGACAAGAGGUGGGUUGGGCCUAUGGACUCCUUAUCCCGGUAACCUCAAGACAGUCGUCCUACCUCCCACAGAAAGAACCUCAAAAGCAGGGUGAUACUAUUUGCCCUUUUAUAAUGGUUGUCAUAUAUCAUUGCAAAUUAUGGCAUCGGUGGAUCAAUUCUUUUACACGCCAAGCUGUGAUAAGGAAGUCUCGAGUUUUUUGGACAGCGAAAAUUAUAGCUAUUCCGCUGCAUUAAGGGAACGGACAUCCUCGGGAUACUAUUUUGAGCGAAGCUCCCUGAACAUGAUUUCGUUUUUUGUUUUGUUUUGGGCCAGAUAUGAUAGACUUUGUUCUAGGUUUCUUUCUUCUUCUUCGAUCUUUCCGUUGGUUAUGUCUCUUUUAGUUAGUGUUAGAGCUGCUUUGGGCCUAUUCGUUGUAUACUCAAUUAAAUUGUUGGGAAGUUAUUGGAAAAUGAAUUUCAUCCCUUUAGUAUUCAUUAAGUACUAAAGGGAUUGUAAGUUCGAUUUUCAUUACAAAUUGCCCCGUACUUAUUUAUUA